AUGAACUCCUUGACUCUCUGCGCUGAUGACACCUUUGGCCCAGCCAUCAAGACAGCCGAUUGUCGCGGGGGGUUUGAUUUCACAGUGACCUUUGAAAACAUUAUUUUGGCCGGCUUGCCCGCCGCCCUCUUCAUCACCCUAACUAUAUUUCGGAUACUGAAUCUGCGUCACGCAAAACUUCGAAUUCGACAAAAUAGCCUGCACGCUUCUAAGCUGAUUUUCAUCGCUUUCUUCACUGCCUUGCAAAUCACCAACUUGGUGUUGACAGCAGCGACCCCCGCACUUCGUACGCGCGCCUCGCUCGCAUCGGCGGCGCUUUCUGUAUCUAUCAAGCCAUCCUUAAUCAUCAACCUCUAUCUCAUCGUAACGGUUUUGCUGGACGCAGUUCGUGUCAGAACGCACUGGCUGGUAGCGGCCAACGAGAAUAGCAUACUUGCUACCGUCAUGACAAGCUCCCUAGCUGUCAAGUUUGUCAUCCUUAUACUAGAAGCUACAGGGAAACGAUCCUUCCUGCCGGGCUCCUAUGGACAGUUUUCACUUGAAAACACAAGUGGGCUUUUCAGCAGAAGCUCUUUCUGGUGGCUCAACUCGCUUCUAACUUCAGGCCACAAGAGAGUGUUGGGCUCAGAUGACUUACCAAUCAUUCAUGAGAAGCUCAACUCGGCACAUCUUUCGGACCGAUUGAAGUCCGUUUGGGACACCUGCGACCAGAGGAAAAAGUAUGCGUUGGCACGAGCUUGCGUAUGGAGUUUGCGAUGGGAAGUCUUUGUGAUUUAUAUCCCAAAAAUCUGCUACGCUGCGCUCAGUAUAGCACAAGUCUAUCUCAUCCAAAAUGCUGUGACUUUUGUGCAGGGGAGCGUGUCUGCUAGCACGGGUUAUGGCUUGAUCGGCGGGUUUGCCCUUGUUUAUAUUGGCCUCGCAGUCAUGAUGGGAUGGGCGUCUCAUCUCUCAUACCGCCUUAUGACAAUGAUGCGCGCUCAACUUACCACAGUCAUCUACACUAAACUGCUGACCCUCCCUAUAAGCAGCACUAACGAGUCGGCGGCGAUAAGUUUAAUGGGUACCGAUGUGCAAAGAAUUGCAGAGACUUUCUGGCAACUGAUCAUCGAAGCCUUACCAAGCGUGGCCCAGCUAGGAGUCGCUGUCUAUCUGCUUUACGCCCAAUUAGGCGCCGUUUGCGUGGCGCCUGUUCUCGUUACUAUCAUUUCAACAGGAUUAUCCGUAUUUUCUGCUGGGAUCAUUAACUCUAGACAAGGUGCAUGGUUGGAGGCGGUACAGGAUCGUGUUAAUUACACAUCAGAGAUCCUAGGGUCGAUAAAGAGCGUCAAGAUCCUCGGCCUGAUCAGUCAACUCACCCAAAGGAUUCACAAUUUGCGCAACAUCGAGAUUGAAACCUCGAAAAAGUAUAGGCGGGUACAAAGUCUAAAUAUUUCUCUAGUAAACCUCCCUGAGACGUUUAACACCUUCGUCAUAUUUGCCGCCUAUGCUCUUGCAGCACAUCUGCAAAAAACCGGCGGACUAUCAGUCUCACAGGCAAUAACGUCCCUGGCAGCCCUGAAUCUAUUGUCAGUGCCACUUGCUACUCUAUUGUACGCGAUCCCACGAGGUUGGUCCGCUCUGGGUUGCUUCGAGAGGAUCCAACAGUUCCUUCUACAGCCUUCACGCACCGAUCAACGAACGUUUCCGCAUGUUGUAGCCAAUAGCAUAUCUUCUCAGUCAGAUUGCGACUUUGAACUCCAGGGGACGACUUUGGCCAGACAAAAUAGGAUCACUGCAAGCGCGGAGGUCGCAUACGUGGAUCAGUCCGCCUGGGCUAUGAACGGCUCCAUACGAGACAAUAUUGUUGCCGGUACUAAUCUCGCGUUUGAUGAAAAGUGGUACAGAGCGGUCUGUCACGCGUGUGUGCUGGAUGUCGAUUUCCGUGAGAUACCUCAUGGAGACAUGACGUUGGUGGGAAGCAAGGGGGUGAAACUGAGCGGUGGUCAAAGGCAACGCCUUUCAAUAGCUCGCGCCUUGUAUUCACGAAAGAAACUGGCCGUAUUCGACGAUGUGUUAGCUGGUCUCGACCUGGUAACCGAAAGACUUGUGUUUCAACGCGUCUUUGGCCAUGAUGGUCUACUGCGCAAAAUUGGCGCCACUGUUGUCCUCGCGACGCAUUCGGUGAAACACUUGUCCCAGGCAGACUUCAUUCUUGUCCUGGAUGAGAAUGGGACUCUGAUUAAGCAUGGCACUUUCUUCGAGCUGAACACUACUGAGCGCUACAUUCAUAAUUUGCAGCUCAGGUUAGAGGAGGAACCCUCGGACCACUCUGAUCGCCCUCUCAAUGAUGGUAGCCAAGGAGAGUUCGAGCAGGAUGCUACACCAAGCGCUACGGCUCAAGCUAACGAAACCCGAAAAACUGGCGACUGGCUCAUCUACAAGUACUAUCUCCGUGCUUUGGGGCCACUGAGUUUGGUUCUUUUUCUUGGCUUCGUUUCCGUGACAUCCGUCUCGAACGCAAUGAGUCAUGUCUGGCUGAACUGGUGGGCUGAAUGGAACCAGAACGGAGGCGCACCAAAUCUUGGAUACUGGCUUGGCAUACUCGGGCUCAUCAAUAUCAUGGCCGGGACAUCCAUGGUUGGAGCUGUCACAUUUCUUUGGACUUUCAUGAUUCCACAAUCUGGCAGAAACUUGCACCUGUCUCUAUUGGAAGCAGUGAGGCGUGCACCUCUAUCAUUCUUCAGUAACACGGAGACCGGGGUCUUGGUGAAUAGAUUUAGUCAAGAUCUUCGAUACGCCGACAUGACAAUUCCAGGUUCUAUUAUCAAUAUGUCAUUCCAACUCGGUACCUGCCUAGUAUCAGCAGCGCUCUCAGCGACCGCGGUGGGCUUUUUCGCCGCCAUACUGCCAGUGGUCUUUGGAUUACUCUAUUUAAUCCAGAACUUUUACUUACGCACCUCGCGACAACUUAGGCUCUUAGAAAUUGAGGCCAGCGCUCCUGUGUUCACACAUUUUAUUGACUCGCUGGCUGGGCUCGACAUCAUCCGCUCUUACGCCUGGACCGAAGUAUACAUUUCAAAGAACGUUCGCUUAGUUGAUUCCAGUCUGAAACCCUAUUAUCUACUACUAUGUAUCCAACGCUGGCUGGUACUGGUUCUCGACCUUGUCGUCGCUGGCCUAGCUGUAGUGCUCGUCGGUAUGGCAGUAAGCUUGCGGUCUAGUAUAAGCCCUGGAUUCCUAGGUUUGGCCCUGGUUAACAUGAUGGGUCUAUCCCACUCACUGACGAAGCUGGUACAACAUUGGACGAACCUUGAGACUUCUUUGGGUGCUAUAGCGCGUAUCAAGAAUUUUUCUGAAACGACCCCGGAGGAAGCCUCUCCUGGAGAGACAUCUAACACCCUGAGUUCUGAAUGGCCACACACGGGUGCUUUGAUAGUGGAAGGAUUGUCUGCUUGUUAUGGCGGCAAGAGCUCAACUGCACUUGCUAUUCUUCGCCUUAUGAGCAUCAUAUCCGGCCGAAUUCUUCUUGACAACGUGGACCUCACAACGAUUCCAGGAUCUGUGGUACGGGAGCGACUUGUCUGUCUCACUCAAGACCCCUUCAUGUUUUCGGGGUCUUUGCGGCUCAAUAUCGAUCCGGUUGGUACUGCAUCUGAUGAAUCGUGUGUGUCUGCACUACAGAGGGUUGGUCUGUGGGAGAUAUUGAAGAAUACCGUCGCAAACCCAAGCUUCUCAAAUGCGUCAUGCGUCCUAGAUGCAAGAAUGAGCAUGGAAAUGCUUUCGCAUGGCCAACGGCAGCUUUUUUGCUUAGCCAGAGCUAUGCUGCAACAGGGCAAGGUGCUGAUUCUAGACGAGCCUACGAGUAGCGUCGAUGCUGAGACCGACGCUCGGAUGCAAGACCUUAUCCGUACGGAGUUUCAACAUCAUACUAUUAUCAUGAUUGCACACAGACUAUCUAGUGUUCUUGAUUUCGACAAAGUCGCCGUGCUCGAUCACGGCAACUUGGUGGAGUUCGGAAAGCCGGCCCAGUUACUUAUGGACGGAUCAAGUCACUUUUCGAAACUGUACAACAGUUCAACGUCGUCCUAG